UCACGUGACUUUCUAAUGUCCACAUUACAAGUCCCGUCCACUACGCAUACUUCACAUUUUACAGAGAAGAAACAGCCCACUCGUGGCCGAAACCGAGAGACAGAGAAGAAAGAGCAGAGAGGGAUGAACGUGGCGAGCAAGGGAGGCGGAGGAGGCAAGGCGGCGUCGCGGAUCGUAGUCAUAACGGGAGUGAGCAAAGGGCUGGGGCGAGCACUGGCGGUGGAGAUGGCGAAGAGGGGCCACACCGUAAUCGGCUGCUCCCGUUCCCAAGAUAAGCUCAACGCCCUCCAAUCCGAGCUCUCCUCCGACAAACACCUCUUCCUCAACGCCGACGUCAGGUCUAAUAACAGCAUUGCUGAUCUGGCGCGAGUUGUUAUGGAGAAGAGGGGAAUCCCAGAUAUUGUAGUGAACAAUGCAGGCAUGAUCAACGACAACAAGAAGCUUUGGGAGGUUCCGGUGGAAGAAUUCGACAGCGUGAUAGAUACCAACGUUAAAGGAGUCGCUAACGUGCUGCGCCACUUCAUUCCACUGAUGCUGUCGCGGAAUGAGGGGAAGAACCCAUCCGGAAUCAUAGUAAACAUCUCCUCCGGGUGGGGUCGAUCGGGUGCAGCGCACGUGGCACCAUACUGUGCGUCGAAAUGGGCGGUGGAGGGGUUGACUCGAUCGGUGGCGAGGGAAGUACCGAGUGAGAUGGCGGUUCUUGCACUCAGCCCGGGUGUGAUACACACGGACAUGCUUGAGUCGUGUUUUGGGGAGUCUAGUAUGAAGAAUUAUCCGAAACCUGAUGCGUGGGCCGUCAGAGCUGCUACCAUGAUUUUGAAUCUUACGGCGGCUGACAACGGUGCUUCUCUUAACGUAUGACAUGACAACUCCGUUACAUAGAUGAGUCUAGACAUUCCUGUAGGAUGGAAUGGAGGAGUAGUUUUAGUACUAGUGUAUGAAUGAACAAAAGUGAGUCUAUAUUUGACUGUUGUUUAAAUGAUGCAGUAUUAUUUCAGUUUCGCUCAAAUCUCUCUGCUUAUGGAUUCAAUCCACAUUUGUUAUGAUCGAUUUGAAUCCGAAAUCCAAAAAAUCCGAAGAGGAACAAAAAUGGGAUAGGAAUUGUGCUAUUUUGAGUCUCUGUUUUAUUUGAUGUAUUUUGAAUGAUGUAUGAAUCUAUAAAAAUUGGUUCUUUUGAGUUA